CGUCCACGUGUGUGCGCGCAGAAGGGAGCGCUGCAGGAGCAGCUUGCAUUGAGACCGGGCAGCGAGCUGCAGGCAAGCGCAUCAGCAGGAGAGCUCGCAGGGAAUUAAUAACCCACCCGAAACAUGAGGCCAGGAUUCAGCCCUCGAGGAGGAGGAUUUGGGAACAGAGGCCGCGGUGGGUUCGGAGACCGUGGGGGGCGGGGAGGAUUCGGAGACCGAGGGGGGCGGGGAGGAUUCGGAGACCGCGGGGGCCGUGGCCGAGGAGGAUUCCGGGGAGGCAGCAGAGGCGGGUUCAGGUCCCCAGGAGGUGAAGGAGGUUUUCGGGGGGGUCGCGGGACGCCCCGUGGAGGAAGAGGGGGUCGAGGGGGCUUCAGAGGAGGAAAGAGGGUCACAGUGGAGCCCCACAGACACGAAGGAGUCUUCAUCUGCCGUGGGAAGGAGGAUGCUUUGGUCACUAAGAACAUGGUGGUGGGGGACUCUGUGUAUGGAGAGAAGAGGAUCAGUGUGGAGGAUGGAGAGACGAAGAUUGAGUACAGAGCGUGGAACCCAUUCCGUUCUAAACUGGCGGCCGCGAUCCUGGGAGGAGUGGAUCAGAUUCACAUCAAACCCGGGGCUCGGGUCAUGUACCUCGGAGCAGCCUCGGGAACCACGGUGUCGCACGUCUCGGACAUCGUAGGACCGGUGAGCGCCGUUCGCUGGGUUUAAGACUCUUUCAGCUGGGGGGAGCUUGCUGGUUCCACUGGUUAGGGAAAGGGGCUU